CACACGCGGGUUCACUGAGUGUGCUGUGUUUUGGUGAAACAGCUCUUCAAAACCGCUGUCGCUACCAUUACCUUGACCAUGUUGAAGUCCAAAACAUUCGUAAAGAAGACCCGCUCUGGUGGAGUGUUGAAAAUCGUACGGGAACAUUAUCUCCGAGAUGACAUCUGGUGUGGAAGUGAAGUUUGUAAGGAGUGCAAAGAUGAAGCUCCGGUGCUGCAAGAAGAAACUUGUAUGGAGAGCAACCUCUGCCCAGAUCCUCACUAUUUAAUCCCAGACACAAAUGUGGUUUUACAUCAGAUCGACAUCCUCGAGGAUCCUCUAAUCAGGAACGUCAUCAUUCUUCAGACUGUUUUACAAGAGGUCAGACACAGGAGUGCACCAGUUUACAAAAGAAUCAAGGAUGCUAUUCACGAAAAGGAAAAGCACUUUUACACCUUUACUAAUGAGCACCACAGGGAGACAUUCAUUGAGCGAGAGCAAGGUGAAAGCGCUAAUGAUCGCAAUGAUCGAGCCAUCCGUGUCGCUGCUAAAUGGUACACUGACCACCUUGCUAAAGCAACUGAUGGCGGGACAUUGAAAGUAGUUCUGUUGACCAAUGACCGGGCCAAUAAAGAAAAGGCAGAGCAGUUUGGUCUUACUGUGUACAGAUGUGAAGAGUAUAUCAAGAGUUUGGUUGGCAACCCUGAGCUUGUCGACAGGCUUGCAAUGGUGUCUGAUGAACAAAAUGAAAUCACUGGCAGUAAGUUGCUCUUUCCAGAACACCUGCCCUUAUCCAGGAUUCAGACUGGCAUCAAGAAUGGAGUAUUCAUUCAGGGUACAUUUCAUGCCAACCGUGAUAACUAUCUGGAAGGGACAGUCUUUGUAAAUAGAGAGGGGGAGGAUAUCAGUGAGAUUCUACUUCAAGGCCUUCAGAAUUUAAACCGGGCUGUGAAUCAAGAUGUAGUGGCUGUUGAACUGUUUCCGAAAGACCGCUGGGUUGCUCCAUCAUCUGUUGUCCUUCAGGAUGAUAAUCCAAAUGAUGAAGACGCUGAAGAAGAUGAGAAUGACAGUAAAUUGAAGAGCGUAGCGUCAGAGUCUAGUGUCCUAAAACCCACUGGAAGAGUUGUGGGCAUCAUAAAGAGGAACUGGAGGCCUUUCUGUGGGAUGCUUUCGCAGUCACAGAUCAAAGAGGCAACAAGACACCUUUUCACUCCAGCAGACCGAAGAAUCCCACGAAUCCGCAUUGAGACCAGACAAGCUGCCACUCUGAUUGGACAGAGGAUUAUGGUUGCUAUAGAUGGAUGGCCUAAACACUCCAGAUACCCAAAUGGUCACUUUGUGAAAAACCUUGGCACCGCUGGAGAUAAAGAGACAGAGACCGAGGUGCUUCUUCUAGAGCAUGAUGUUCCUCACCAACCCUUCUCUCAGGCUGUUCUCAGCUUCCUUCCCAAGAUGCCCUGGGGUAUUACAGAGGAGGAUCUGAAGGUCAGGGCAGAUAUCAGACAUCUCUGUGUGUGCAGUGUGGAUCCUCCGGGAUGUACAGAUAUUGAUGAUGCUCUUCAUUGUCGGGAACUGGAGAAUGGAAAUUUGGAGGUUGGAGUUCACAUAGCAGAUGUCAGCCAUUUUAUUCGGCCAGGAAAUGCACUAGAUCAAGAGGCUGCAAACAGAGGCACCACGGUUUACCUUUGUGGAAAGAGAAUAGACAUGGUUCCUGAACUGCUGAGUUCCAACUUGUGCUCUCUGCGGUCCAACGUUGAGAGGUUGGCAUUCUCUUGUAUUUGGGAGAUGAACCAUAGGGCUGAAAUCAUCAAAACUCACUUUACCAAGAGUGUCAUUAACUCUAAGGCCUCACUUACAUAUGCAGAAGCACAGAUGAGGAUUGAUGACACCACCAUGAAUGACGACAUCACAACGAGUCUGCGGGGCCUUAACAAACUAGCUAAGAUCUUAAAGGCCCAGAGAAUUGAUAAAGGAGCACUGACGCUGUCCUCUCCUGAAGUACGCUUCCACAUUGACAGCGAAACGCAUGACCCCAUAGAUCUGCAGACCAAAGAACUAAUGGAGACUAACUCUAUGGUAGAAGAAUUCAUGUUGUUGGCGAAUAUCUCAGUAGCACAGAAGAUCUAUGAUGAGUUCUCAGAAUGCGCCCUGCUGAGGAAACAUCCUGCACCGCCACCGUCAAACUACGACAUCCUCAUCAAGGCUGCAAAGUCCAGGGAUCUGGAGAUCCACACAGAUUCUGCAAAAGCUCUGGCUGAUUCUCUAAACAAUGCAACGAUUGAGAGCUUUGCCUAUUUCAACACUCUUCUGAGGAUUCUGGCUACCCGCUGCAUGAUGCAGGCUGUGUAUUUCUGCUCAGGAAUGGACAGUGAUUUCCACCACUAUGGCCUGGCAUCACCUAUUUACACACACUUCACAUCACCUAUCAGAAGAUAUGCUGAUAUCAUAGUUCACCGUUUGUUAGCGGUGGCUAUUAAUGCAGACAGCACAUACCCAGAUUUGAUGGACAAGCAUAAGCAGUCGGCCUUAUGCAACAACAUCAACUACAGACACAAAAUGGCCCAAUACGCACAGAGAGCCUCAGUGGCGUUCCACACUCAGCUAUUUUUCAAGAAUAAGGGAAUCAUAAAUGAAGAAGGCUUUAUUCUGUUUGUGAGAAAAAAUGCCAUCAUCAUCCUCAUCCCUAAAUUUGGUUUGGAGGGCACGGUGUUCUUUGAAAACAAGGACAAACCCAGUCCUCGUCUCAGCUUUGACACGGAGGGUCCUACGCUUAAAGUGGAAGAACACACUUUCCGCAUCUUUGAUCGAGUCAAGGUCACAAUUAGCCUUGAUGCUUCCAACAUGCAGCAUCAAAGGAUCAGAAUGGCGCUCACUGAGCCUGUGAUCCCUGGUGUCAGUGUACCUAUACCUGAGUCAGAACCAGAGGCCAAAAAACCCAAGCUUGACCGUUGAUAUACGAGCAUUUAGAGCCAUCAUACUAUUCCAUAUAAUCACAAACAUUUUCUUUCAGCUCAUCUACUAGGUAGUUCCAGGAAGACCUCGAGUUAACAUCUAAGGAGUAAAAAUGGACACAAUUGGGUUUUUAAUAGUUUGUUUUUUUUAUAAUUAUUGAAUGCAUCCAGUACUGUUUUUGCUCUUGAUUCUCUUCUCUUUUUUGCUAUUACACAAUUUUUAUGUCUGUUAGAAACUCAAUAGUACUGUAUCAACAGUUAUGUGUCUUUC